AUGGCGGGCAAUACUCGAGCGCGCGACUACUCCAGUGGAGCCUCGCUCAACAACAACGGCACCGACACUGAACUCUCACGCGCAUCCCCAUGGGGGAAGAACAUCUGGAAUGCCCCAAUCGGCACCUUUCCGCUUGGCUCCAAAGGCCGAGACAACUCGCGCCCUCGAGAGAACGGCGCCGCCAUGGGCACCCCUGCCGAUCAUGUUGAGGGCAAGACUGGCUCUGGCUCCCUACUCACCAACUCGGAGACGGAAUGGAGGUCUACCGCCCGGCCAGCUUGGGGAGAGACCCCAUCUGGCAGCAUACCUCAUGCAAGAAGCUCCGGAGUGUCGCCGGCACGGAAGCGGUCUAUCGCCCAAGCACAACCUGUCCAGCAGUAUAGCGACAACUCCCCAUCCGCCUUCUCGUCCUACACUACAAGAAACUCACUCGCGGGCCAAGGCUCGCAAGCAAAGCCGGUCAAGCCAUUCCUUGACCCUACCAUAUCCAACUUCACAUCGCGCCAGAUCGAAUCACUCAACACCGGCUUCACCAACUUUGGAUUCGGCCAAGCAGAUAAUUCUCAGCGCCCCGAUACUGGUGUCACCUCGUGGCCAGACACAGGCUCCGUCCACUCUCCGAACGACGACCGCCGCAGCGUAGCAAACUCGGAUUACCUUGCGUCUUCGAGCGGAGCCCCCUCACAGAACGGAAGCUUGCCUCCAUCCCGACAUGGCGCCGAGCCAGCACCGUUCAGCCAGGCUCCGGAUGCAUUCUCCAGAUUUACUCAGCCUUCCCGCCAAACAUCGUCCUUCUCCAUGGCAAGCGGUCGUGCCUUUAACGAGCGAAGCGGUUCAAUACAAAGCGAGUCUUUCCACACUCUGGGAAGGCUGAACAGCGAACAAGACCAAGAUGCGCGCAUGGCACCAAACAGGUCCUUCAGUAUCAACGCUUCCACCCCAGCACACACACCCGGACAAGACACCAACGAUGCGCCUACAGGCUCAUACACUCCAGAUGGCUACUCCAGUGCCCAACUCAACGGCCAAUAUUCUCAGCUGCGAUCCUACCAGCUCGACAACAGUCGAAGCGCGCCGAACGGCACUGGGGCUCGUCAAAGUCCUUUUUACUCCUCCAUGAACACACCGCCUGUGUACGAUCGUCUCAAUCCGUACACCAGUGAGCAGAUGCUCACCCACCCCAACAGUGUUACGCAGCUGCAGAACAAACUGGCCGGAUUCCAGAUGUCACAACAACGUAAUUUCAUCUCUCCGAGCCAACUUCAUCAGCAGCAGUAUCAAAACAUCUUUCCCGCAGCUCAAGUCCAGAACCCGUACCAAUACCAGCAGUAUGGUCUACCCAACGGCUUUUCCCUAUCCGCGAUACCGCAACACAUGAACAUGACUCCAGCAGCACCAAUCUUGUCUUACGGAGGGCCACCUAAAGGUCCUCGAGAGCAGCAGGUCGGCGAUGGUCUCGGUGCCAUGAGUCUUGAGUUGGCCAACUUCAAGAGAGAGCAGAAGCAGAGCAAGCGCUGGGAGCUUACCGACAUCAAAGGUCACGUGGUCGAGUUUGCCGGAGACCAGCAUGGCUCCCGUUUCAUUCAGCAGAAGCUUGAAUCAGCCAACAGCGAAGUCAAAGACAGCGUCUUCAGAGAGCUCGAAGAGGAUGCGCUACAGCUGAUGCAAGAUGUUUUCGGCAACUACGUGAUCCAGAAGUUCUUUGAGCACGGAGACCAGGUCCAGAAGAAGAUCCUUGUCGGGAAAAUGAAGGGUCAUGUACUUGAGCUUGCGAAUCAGAUGUACGCGUGCCGAGUUGUACAAAAGGCACUUGAGCAUGCGCUCACUGAGCAACAAGCCGAGAUGGUCAAGGAGCUCGAAAAGGAUGUUCUCAAAACCGUCAAGGACCAGAACGGCAACCACGUCAUUCAAAAGGUUAUCGACCGGGUCCCGAUGCAGUACAUCCAGAGGAUCGUCGAGGCUUUCAGGGGCAACGUCGGCGUGCUAUCGGUCAACUCCUACGGAUGCCGUGUUAUCCAGCGACUACUUGAGAAGGUUCCGGAGCCACAACGAAGGUUCAUCAUGACCGAACUCCACGCUGAAGGACCCAAACUCAUCACCGACCAAUACGGCAACUACGUCACUCAGCAUGUCAUCGAGCACGGUUUGCCUGAGGAUAGGGCUAAGAUUGUCGCUCUGAUCAAGGCACAGUUCCUCGCUUUCUCAAAACACAAGUUCGCCAGCAACGUUGUUGAGCAGUGCCUCAAGUGCAGCGACGACGCGCAACGCCGUGAACUCGUAUCGGUCAUCCUUGCGAAGAACGAGCGAGGCGAGUCAAACGUCAUGAACCUUCUCAGGGAUGGGUACGGUAACUACGUCAUCCAGAAGAUGCUGGACACCCUCAACCGAGAUGACUACGAGGACUUUGUCCAAGCACUCAAGCCUGAGCUUGAGAAGGCCAAAAAGGUCAUUCCUGGCAAGCAAUGCGUCUCAGUUGAGAAGAAGAUGUUCCGUUACGAUCGCAUUGACUCGCCGACUAUGCUUACACCAGCUCUCAGCAGUUCCGCUCAAUCGCCACAGAGUAGCUCCCACCCCAGCACGAACAACUCCACCAUUGACGAACCCGUACAUAGCGCGCCUGUUAACGGCAAGCACAGCGCUGUCAACGGUAUGGGUGGUGUCAGCAUCGCAGAUACUGCUUGA